AUGAUCGAGCUGUACGGCGCCUGUCCAGGCUUCGGACUCCCGGAUAUCUCGCCAUGCGUCAUGAAGGUCUUCAUGUAUCUGACCAUAACCAAAACGCCUUUCACAUGGAAGGCGCAAGACUGGGCAAGCAUGGCAACCGAUGCUCCGUACGGGAAGUUGCCGUAUAUCAUUGACACUGACAACGACAACAAGCGCGUACCAGAUUCCUCGCUCAUCAUUGAGUACCUGGAGUCGCAGUAUGGGACAAGCCUCGACAAGAAGCUGAGCGCGGAACAGCGAGCGGUCGCAAUCGCUUUCGAGCGCCUGAUUGGUGAGAACCUUUACUGGUCUUGCCUAGGGACGUCACGCUAUCUGAGCGACGCUGGCUGGGAGAUGUACAUACCGUACCUCCUCCAACACUCCCCGCCAGAUGGUUCCACUCCCGUCCCCCCUGAGCUGCGCGCAUUCCUUGACGCGUACCGCCAAUCGAUCCUGGACGAUUUCGUGGGACAAGGCAUGGGUCGUAGAGAUGUGCCUUGUAUCGUCGAAUUCUACAAGCGAGACAUUGACGCACUUGCGGCUUAUAUGGGUGACAAUAAGUACUUCAUGGGGGAUGAGGUACACACUAUUGACGCAGCGGUAUACUCGAUGCUGAGGGAAUGUGCCGAUCAGCCCAUGCAAUGGGAGGGCACCGGAUAUAUUGAGAGCAAGAAGACCUUGAUAGCGUAUAUGGAGAGAAUGCGGGCGGAGUUUGGAGUCUGA